ACCGCUUUAAAUUGUGUUCAAAUGGAAGCUGAGCUAUUCAACCUGUGGCUGUCUUCGGGCUCUGUGCAACGCGCUAGUGGAUAAAAGAAAACAUUGUCACUAUGUUCACCGUGAAUUGACAGUCCAGCCUUCCAUUUGGCAUUAUGCGAAUGUACGUAGCCUAAUUGAAAUUCACGUGUAAUUAAGGAGAAACUGGAGUGCUACGGAACUUUUGUCAAAUAUUGGAAUCAGAAAUAAUAAACUUCUUUUGAGGAGAGGCGACUGACCAAACCUUAUAACCACCGUUGAGUGUUAAUUUGGAAGACAACAUGUUUUCAAAAAACAUUGUCCUUUUACUUACAUAUACUCUUACGUUGCUACUGAUGUGCCAUCCGCCUCGGAUCUCUGCUCAGAAGUCGACUGGUCCCAGGUGGCUGAUUGGCGACAGGGAAAGCCACUGCGGCAGCAUCUGCUCCCGGAGUCACGGAAAACCGGUGUGCGGUUCGGACGGACGAAGCUACGAAACGAGCUGUGAGCUACAACGGGCGAAAUGCAAGGACCGCACGCUAACACUCGCACACCGUGGACGCUGCAAAGGCACAAAGAAGAGAAUAAUCCCACCCCCUCUGCUUCCCGUGCCGACUCUGGCCUCUGAGGGCAAGGAGCUGGAACUGAAAGACUCUAGCCAGUCAAAGUGUCGUGUGGAGCGAUUGCAGGCCUUGGAGCAUGCCAAAAGACCCCAGGAGUCCAUUUUCAUUCCCGAGUGCAAUGAGGAUGGUACUUUUGCCCAGGUGCAGUGCCACACGCUCACCGGCUACUGCUGGUGCGUCACCUCAGACGGCAAGCCGGUCAGCGGAUCCUCCGUCCACAACCGCACACCUGUCUGCUCAGGAAACUUCCGUGAAUUUAUGGGAGCUCACGCUGUGGCAAGUGGAUUUUCAGGGACAGUCACUGAUAAGCCUCAAGGACCACCAAGCUCUGGAAGAAGAGUCUCUUUCCGUUUCUUUCUCACACUCAACCCAGAUGACGGCUCCAAACCGACGCCCACCAUGGAGACUCACGUGGUACCUGAGGGAGACGAAAUCACGGCUCCCACGCUGUGGAUCAAACAGCUGGUGUACAAGGAGGGCAAGCAGAACAGCUCCAGCAGCAAGAGACCAGAGAAGGUUCCCUCUUGUGAUCAGGAGCGGCAGAGCGCUCUGGACGAGGCCCGGCAGAACCCGCGCGACGCCAUCUUCAUCCCGGACUGCGGCCCGCAGGGCCUCUACAAGCCCGUCCAGUGCCACCAGUCCACGGGCUACUGCUGGUGCGUUCUGGUGGACACCGGGCGACCCAUCCCUGGAACGUCCACCCGGUACCAGACUCCAGAGUGUGACAACGACGCGCGCUCACGAGUGUCGGAGAUUGAAGACCCCUUCAGGGACAGAGACCUGACAGGUUGCCCUGAUGGGAAGAAGGUGGAGUUCAUAACCAGUCUACUGGACGCACUGACCACAGACAUGGUGCAGGCCAUAAACUCACCAACCCCCUCCGGUGGUGGGAGGUUUGUGGAGCCGGACCCCAGCCACACGCUGGAGGAGAGGGUGGUGCACUGGUACUUUGCUCAGCUGGACAACAACGGCAGCCAGGACAUCAACAAGAAGGAGAUGAAGCCGUUCAAGCGCUACGUCAAGAAGAAGGCCAAGCCCAAGAGGUGCGCCCGCAAGUUCACCGACUACUGCGACCUGAACAAGGACAAGGCCAUCUCCCUGCUGGAGCUGCGCGGAUGCCUGGGGGUCAGCAAAGAAGGAGGUAGCUCUGUGAGCAGUAGCACCAGUAGCAGUAGCAGCAGCAGCAGCAGCAGCAGCAGCAGCAGCAGCAGUAACCAAGGGCCAAGGCAAGGGACCCAUUUGUUCAGACGUCUGGUGUGAGGAGGGAAAGUUCCAGAAGCUGAAGCAAGUGCAGAGGGCACAGAGGAAACAGAUCUGGAUGCUCUCUGAUGGAUGAAAGGAGAGAGUGAAAGUAGAAAAAAAUGAAGAGGUUCCUGUACAAUAAGAGACAAAAAAAGAAGAAAUUGUGGAGCCAAAAUAUUUGCACUUUCUCUUCCCAGUUUUUAGACAUUUCUCAUCAUUGUUAAACUAUGACAUAAACCAUGGCAUAAACUGUUGUUAUUCUAAGGAUCUAUGUUAGGAAGUGUGCACAGUUUGUUACUGUUUUGUAAUUGACUACCUGUUUCAGUCCUGAUUUCAGCCAGGAUUCUUCACGACGGCACCAUAAUUAGCUAUUUCAUGAUAAUGUCAAACUAAUGUGUUUUAUCGGGUAGAUACACUAUCACGCUCAAAUACGGAUGUAGGUGGGUUUUUAAACAGAAAAAUAGCGGUUUGGUAUCAUGCUUAGUGAAAACAAAAGUUCACUCUUCGCUAAAGUCUUUGUUGGAAAGCUUUGCCAUUUUGAGUGAUCAGAUGUUGUGCAUCUUGAGGGGAUCAAUGUUGUCAGUUGUAAGUAUGAUGUGCGCAUUGAUAUAUUCACAUUGGGAAAUGUGGUGUUCACAUCGAUAUGUUCACAGAAGUAGUCACAUUAAGAACUGAAACCACUUUUAUUAUUUAUCAUCAAACACUCAAUUAUGAAAGAUAAAACAGACGCACAGGACAUUAGUGUGUAAAAUAUACAUCUAACUGGACAGCUAAAUCUGUCUUUAGAUAUUAUGAUGUCAGUUUCAAGCCAAACUAUUUUCAUGACAGGUGGUAGUCACAUUGUAGGUGCUUUUCAGUAUUAAAACUAAUAUCUGUCCUUUAAAAAGUACUUUAAAAAGCUUUCACUGCAAGUACAAUAGUGCUACUUUGCUUUAUGUUGUUCUGUGUUGAGAACAUGAAACACAGUUGUGUGAACUUUUUAUAUUCCACUGGAAUACCUUGGCAUUACUGGCAUGUGUCUGUCUAGGUUCAUUGAUUUUUAGUUGGAAAAUGACAGAAAGGACAAAGGACGAAGGACAGAGUGAUUAUAUUGCAGACUAAGUCCCAUGGCAAAGCGUCUUUUUACUGUGUGAAAAGCUUAAUAGCAGAGCAGUGGUAAAGAUCUGGAUUGUUGGGUAACUGUCUUAUACAACUGACCAUGUGUUUGUCUUUCCGGUCAUCAUUAAGAACUAGCAUGUAGGCCUAUGUCAAAACACAUACAGUCCAUCACGAAGGAAGCACAUCAUUUGCAAAGGCAAAAAGCGUUAAAGGCAAAUAGUAACAUUUACUCCCUCACUUAAAUGUAUGUCAAAAUUAGGAAAAAAAUGAGGAAUAUAAUUGAUUGUUUAUUUUUGUUUAUGUUUCGUAUGUAUGUAUGGACAGGCUGUGGGAGCAGCUCACGGAAGAAAGAUGGCCGAUGUGUAAAUAUGUAAUAUACUGUAUGGCAGGAGAGGUAGCUCCAAUCCCAGGAGGGCUGGUCACCUCAGCACUUAACACAUGAGAAAAAAAGGCUUUAAAAUGGUCUCACCUAGUUUACCCGGCAACCAUUAAAGCCUGAACAUGAACGAACGAUAGAGCCUCCUAUCCUCCAGAUAUGGAGCUACCUCACACUGCAGUGUUCACUCAAGGUGUAUCCUUGUUUCCUUGUCAAGUUUGGAGUUUGACAACCUCUAAAGGUGAUUUUACAUUUAAAUAGAUUUUUUUUUUAUUUUGAAAAUCUGUCAAUAAACCAUUAGCACCACCAGUAAAUGUGUAAAAUCAAGACACUGAGAAUACAUAUGCUAAAAAGA